AUGAGUAAGAGUGGUACAACUGAAGCAUUUGAUAUGGAGGAAUUCCCAAAAAUGCCCAAAAAUUUUAAUGGAUUUCAUGUGUUGCCAACUGUCAUUACUAUUAAGUGUACGUCAAAUAGUCGAAUCAGUAUUUUGGAUUGCGCUGGCAUAUUACGUCCGGAACAUGAAACGGUCAUCUUAAUAUAUCGUCAUGAUUGUGAAAUUGAUGCAACAGAUCGUUUCCUGAUACUUUAUACGCUGGUUGGUAUGCAAUGGAGUAGUGCCAAGGAUGCUAAUGCAUUAUUAUGUUGGCAACGAGUAAAAGCUCAACAAGUUCCAACGAAAUCAAUAAUUCGUGCUACUAGAUUGAAACGGUCAAAAGUAUCCUAA